AGUGUAAUCACAUGUGAUACGGUGUACUGCAUUGCAUUUCUCUAUAAUAUGAAAAGUGCAAUUUAUUUAUAUGCUGUAGAAAUUAUGGUGUAUUUAACGUUUUAAUGGCUGUAUGUUGGUGGGAUGGUGCACAUGUCUUUCAUGGCAGAAGGUGUGGGUUCACCCACCCAGGGUUGUGUCAGGAAGGGCAUCCGGCAUGAAAACUAAGCUAUUCAUGCGAUUAACUCGCAGUGGCAACCCCUGGCAAGUUGAAAGUUAAGAAAAAACAUGCUGUAUAUCUCCCUCAAUAGGCAUGUUUCUAUGUGACAUAUGGAGCAGCAUCGCUGCACAUGUUUGUUUCUGCUCUUUUCACUGCAGGACGCACUUUGUGGCUUCACGCACGGAUUAAUUAAAGCCCAGACAUCACAAGGACCUCAGGGAGGUCACGACGCCCAGACCAGGCCUCAGCUCUUAACAGGGGUGUUCCUUAUAAUAUGCACGCAAGAGGUCCUUUUCAUCUGUUGUCUGAUCACCAUUUGUGGCCCUCAUGCGACAUCUUUCUCCUGCCUCAGUGAGUACAUGCAUUAUUAUACAGUGGCAUGAAAGUAUACAGUGGCCUUGCUGAGGUUUUUUUUGUGUUUGCCGCACUUAAAUGUUUCAGAUCAUCAAACAAAAAUAUUAGUCAAUGACAACACAACUGAACGUAAAAUAGUUUUUAAAUCCAACGUUUUAUUAAGAGAGAAAAAAAAUCCAAAUGAGUCUUACAGCAGAGGAAAUUUGGCCCACUCAUCUUUGCAGAAUUGUAAUUCAGCCACAUUGGAGGGGUUUCCAGCAUGAAGCACCUUUUUAAGGUCAUAACACAGCAUCUCAAUAGGAUUCAGAUCAGACUUUGACUUCAAAGUCUUCAUUUUGUUUGUCUUCAGCCAUAAAGAAGUGGACUUGCAGGUGUGUUUUGCAUCAUUGUCCUGCUGCAGAACCCAAGUUGGUUUCAGCUUGAGGUCAUUCAGCUUCAGGACAUUCUCCUUCAGGGUUUUUUUUUUUUUUUGCUAGACAGCAGAAUUCAUGUUUCUAUUUAUCACAGCAAGUCUUCCACGUCCUGAGGUAUCAAAACAGCCCCAGACCAUCACACUACCGCUAUCAUAUUUUACUGUUGGUAUGAUGUUCUUUUUCUGAAAUGCAGCGUUACUUUUACGCCAGAUGUAAUGGGACACACACCUUCCAAAAAGUUAAACUUUUGUCUCGUCAGACCACAGAGUAUUUCCCCAAAGGUCUUGGGGACCCUCAAGAUGUUUUCUGGCAAAAGUGACAGAAGCCUUAAUGUUUGUUUUGUUCAGCUGUGGUUUUGGUCUUGGAACUCUGCCAUGCAAGCCGUUUUUGCCCAGCGUUUUUCUUAUGGUGGGGUCAUGAACACUGGCCUGGGGUGUUCAGCUGUGUCCUCAUUGAGUGAUAUUUACAUUUGCUUGAUGAUCUGAAACAUUUUACAGUAUGACAAACAUGCAAAAAAUAAAUCAGGAAGGGGACAAACACUUUUUCACACCACUGUAUGUCUCAUUAGACACAAUGCCUUAGUUGUAUCAAAAUAUGGUACUAAUAAUCGGUAUUGACAUGUUUAUUGUGAUUGUAGUUUGCAGUUGUGCAGCUCGGUUAAAAAAAAGCACUAGGUCAAUAAAUGUUUUUUUACACAAAAAAAUACGUAAUUCAUGUUAAUGUACAAAUUAAAUUUAUGUUGAAUUUAUUUGAUUUUAUUUGUUUAACCUACAAAAUACAAGCACCUGCUACUGGUUGGCACAAAAUUAGAAUUUUGGUAGGUCUUUAGCUCCCUGGGGAAAAAAUAUCUUCCUGUUGAUAAACAUUUCGUACAUCGGAAAAAAACACAUUUUGGCUGCCAUUUUCAAGAAACAUUGUGUAUAUUUUUAGUUUUCUAGACUGCACCAGACAGACUGACUCCAUCCUUUUAUACCCCUUUUUAUUUGGACCUUUAGGACACAGGGUCCAGUGAUAGGACCCUUGGGGAGGGUGGCCGGUUUCUUGUCUCCUAACACCUCAGUGUUCCCCCAUCAUCCAGCUACUGUAUUUGAAACGCAAGAGUCAUUCUAACAACACACAGUCAUUGUGCUGCGAGGCGUUUAAUGACUCGCCAUGUGUUUACUGGCACGGGAUGUUGGGAAAAAUGUGUCACUUUAUCGAAUCAUUCCUAUAGCGCUUGUUUUAUGGCUCUUGUGGGGGUAACAACCCCCGUCUGUGGCGUAAAUAAACGCGGCGCUAUAAUCCAGUCACAACCAUCACCGCCGCACGGAUGAACCGUGUCCUUGUGUAGUUUAACAUUUACACCAAAAAAAGCUAUCCUGUAAAGUCAUAAAUUGACCUCCACUUUCCACCGCUGCUAAUCCUAAUUAGGCCGUAAGGUUUGCAUUGAGGCCAGCACUGACUAAUUUAUAGCAAGGCCAGUAAAGUCAGAUGACAGGGAAACAGGCAUUCAGCAUGUGGAGAGCUUUGUUGGUGAGCACUCGCCAACUGAAGACCUCUUAAUCCCGCAUGAAAGAGAAGCCACUAAUAGAGUUGAUGUAGUUUGUUACCUUCCUCCAAGGAAGUUGUUUGCAAGAUGGCGCAAAAACAACUGGACUGACUUUAUGGAACAUCUUAAACAGGAGCUAUGAACGUCUGCAAACUACUGGUGUCCCAUUAGCCUUGGUGGAGGUCCACACUGCAGGGGGCCAUUCUGAUUACGUUAUUCUGUUUAUAGGACAUUUUCCUUCACUAUUGAGGGAAUAAUGCAUGCAUCUGAGACGUACUGAAUGCAGCAGGUGCAUGUCGUCGUUUAGCUGUACGCAUUCAAUUGUGUGGCCUUGGGGGAGGUAUGUGCACUACCACUCAUGUUGCUUCAUGCUAUUGCUUUCGUUUUUCUUCGCUUUUCAGGGAAUAAUGAGUGAAUCGGAGACACGUAGCAUGCAAAAGAUGGGUGUUUAUGAAGGUGUACUCUAAAUUAGGUCAAAAGUUUUAGAACACCCCAAUUUUUCCAGUUAUCUAUUGAAAUUCAAGUGGUUCAAGUCCAAUGAAUAGCUUGAAAUGGUACAAAGGUGAGUGUUGAAGUGCCAGAAUUUAAAAAAAAAAAAAAAAAAAAAAGGGUAAGGUUACCCAAAACUGAAAAAUGUUUAUUUCAGAAUUCUACAAAAAGGCUUGUUUCACGUACCAUAAAAUGGGCCAACAAUUUAAAGCUGUUGUGCAGAAAUGUAGGUUGAUCAAGCCUUGGCAGUUAGUGCAACUAAAUCCGACAGGUGUUCCUAGUUCUGGGGUACUUACCUCCUCUGUCUGCAUCUGUAGGUUUUUUUUUCCUCCAGAGAAAUUGGAGUGUUCUAAAACUUUUGACUGGUUUUGUACAUUCUACUGGAGGCCAUCCUGGUUGCUUAUUCUGUAAUUUUAGGUGCAAAAAAAUGCAAACAUCUCUAACAUUUGGUGCUGCUUUACUGUAUAUUGCCCUUGGUGGAGGUCUGUGCUCUAUUAGCGCCAUUCUGGGUUCUCAUGUUUUCCUGAGCACAUUUUCUCAGCCAGUUCAUUAAACUAAAAGCCCACAUCUAAGCAUGGUGUGUGUGUGUGUGUGUGUGUGUGUGUGCACGUAUGCACAUCCAUCCAUUUCCUUCCGCUUAUCCGGGUCCAGGUCACGGGGGCAGCAGUCUCAGUCCAAACUUCCCUGUCUCCGGCCACCUCUUGCAGUUCUACCAGGAGGACACCAAGGCGUUCCCAGGCCAGCUGUGAGACUUCAUUGUAAGUAGAAGGACAUACGAAGCAGAGGCUCAGCCAAUCAGCAGCCUUGUUGUGGUGUUCCAAAAAGAGAGAGAAUGGGAUGUCAGCCAGCAUAGAGUAAACUCAGCUGUACGACGUCAUUGCAGGCGGACUCGCAGACCUCCAGCCGCUUCGUGAUCGGCUGCCCCUCCCGGUGUGACAAGUCCAUGUGCCCCCGACCUUCAGCGGAGUGCCCCGCUGGGAAGACCCUCGACGCCUGCCAGUGCUGCCCGGUGUGCGCGUCCGGGGAGGGCGAGGCUUGCAGCGGUAGCGGCAAGCUCGGCGACCCGGUGUGCGGCGAGGGGCUGGAGUGCUCGGUGUCCGGCGGCGUGGGCUAUACCGCCACGGUCCGGAGGAGGAGUAAGACCGGGAUCUGUGCGUGCAAAGCCGUCGAGCCCGUUUGCGGCAGCGACGGCGUGUCCUACCGGAACAUCUGCGAGCUGAAGAAGGUCAGCCGCCGGGCGCAGAAGCUCCAGCAGCCGCCGGUCAUCUUCAUCCAGCGUGGAGCAUGCGGGAAAGCUCAGGACAACCCAGACAGCCCGAGACACAAGUACAACUUCAUUGCCGACGUGGUGGAGAAAAUUGCUCCAGCUGUGGUUCACAUUGAACUGUACCGCAAGAUGACAUACUCCAAGCGAGAUGUAGCCGUCGCCAGCGGCUCCGGCUUUGUGGUGUCUGAGGACGGCCAGAUCGUGACCAACGCCCACGUGGUGGCCAACAAGCACCGCGUCAAGGUAGAGCUCAAGAGUGGCGCCACCUACGAUGCCAAGAUCAAAGACGUGGACGAAAGGUCCGACAUCGCCCUCAUCAAGAUCGAGGCCCCGACCAAGCUUCCCGUGCUGCUUCUGGGCCGUUCGUCGGACCUGAGACCGGGCGAGUUCGUGGUGGCUAUCGGCAGCCCCUUUUCCCUCCAGAACACGGUCACCACGGGGAUCGUCAGCACCACGCAGAGGGGGGGCAGGGAGCUCGGUCUGAGCAACUCCGACAUGGACUACAUUCAGACGGACGCCAUCAUCAAUUACGGCAACUCUGGAGGUCCUCUGGUCAACCUGGACGGUGAGGUGGUCGGAAUCAACACCUUAAAAGUGACGGCUGGCAUUUCCUUUGCCAUCCCCUCGGACAAGAUCCAACAGUUCCUGGCGGAGUCCUACGACAGGCAGUCCAGAGGCGCGGCUGCUGCUAAAAAGAAAUACAUCGGUGUGAGGAUGAUGACGCUCACCCCAGCACUGGCCAAAGAGCUGAAGAGUCGACAUCGAGACUUCCCUGACGUCACUUCUGGCGCUUACGUUAUGGAAGUCAUCGCUAAGACGCCAGCUGCAGUCGGCGGCCUGAAAGAACACGACGUCAUCAUCUCCAUCAACGGCAAGAGGAUGUCCACGGCGAACGACGUCAGCGCCGCCGUCAAAAGGGACAAAACCUUAAAAGUCGUGGUGCGCCGCGGGAACGAGGACGCCAUCCUCACCGUCGUUCCCGUGGAGAUCGACCCUUGACCUCGCGGAUAGCGCCAAGUUGCACCAGUUAUUUAAAGAAGGGGGAGGGGGAAUUCUAUGGACACGCCAUCCUCCCGUGAUGUCAAGGUCAAGUUGCCAGAUUGCGGAAGGUUCUGGCGAUACGACUGUACCGGUGCUGUCAAAAGCAACGCUGUACUUUUUGAUUUUUAAGGUGUGUUGUCACUUUCUACUCUACAAGAAGCUAUUGUUUUGCUCAGACCUCUUUCCUCUGCACAUUUAGAGCUAUUUAGAGACUCGCUGAGCUCGUCUCAUGUGUAUAAUUAUUGUUUUCUAACCUCUUUUUAAACAAAGUACUGUAGAAUAUUUUAUUACUUGAUGUUUGCUAACAUGAAAUAAAAGGUUCACCUUUUGGUUUUUUGACACAGUUUUGCUCAUGUGUGUGUCUACAAUAUGGUUGAAAUUGUAUUUUAUUGCCUCCAUAUGGCUUUAAUACUGGCCUGAUGUGAUUGCUGUACAAGAGGCUGUGUAGGCCAACCUCAGGAUGUCAAAGCCUGCCAAACUAAGCGCCAACACAAGAAGCA